AACAAUGAAAAAUCAAGAAGAAGAGGUAAACAUCUUACCCUUAGAGAUUGAAAGACAACUUGGAGAAGUAGAAAUUAUGCUUGCAGAAACUAAACAAGAGGAUGUCCUUAAGGAAGAAGAGGAAAAAUCUCAAGUGUCAUUUGAAGUGUUCAAUGGGGAGUCUCCUUUAACCAAAUCUGAUUUUAAUGAUUAUUUUGUUAUUGUUAUGGUUGAUGAGAUUUUGCCAAAAAACACUUAUGAAGAUCCAUUUGAGAUUUACCCUACUCAAGCAAAGGACCUAAUCAAAGAAUACAUAAAUUGCUUGAACACAUCAUCUUCCUUGGAAUCAAAGGCAGCACUCCUAGAAGAAUUGGGAAGGCACGUCUACUGGCCUAAACCCAAACCACCUUAGAAUAGUCAUUGGAGAAAAUCUUAUGAAAAGGAUUUAAUUAAAAGAAAUCCUACUUUUUAGAAGUAAAUUGAAGAUAUCAGAGACUUGAGGAUCAACUUGUGCAGAAUCCAGAAGUCAGGAACCAAAUCUGCUAUUUUACCAUUGAAGAAAUCACAAAAGGAGAUUAGAAACCCGACACGGGUGUAGUGUCGACACAUGGUCGGGGUGUCGACACCAUGUGUUAAACGUCUAGAAUCAAAUUCUGUUUCCUAUUUUGUGUCAACACGUAAUCCGAAGUGUUAGCACCAUGCGAUCAGCAUCCAAAAUUUAGUUUC